UCCGGUUCCGGUGACGUAUGCAUCUCGCGCGCUGUUCAUUUGGAGGGUCUUUUUUAUUUAUUUAUUUUUUUAUUAGGAGGGUCUUCAUUGUCGAAGGUGAGGUGUGUGACGUGAAUGGACCCGGCGGACUUGGCAUCAUGACUCCUUGACUCCAUGACUCCAUGACUCCAUGACUCAUGACGUCAAGGCACUUUCAACACCGGCGAAAUAUGUCACGGAAAGAAAAGGAAAGCAAGUAGACAAGAUUACUGCCGCCAAACCUUCAAAAUACGUUUCUCCUUCCCGUGAAAACAUGUAUUUAACAUGGAGGUGAUGUAUUGUAUAAAUAUGCCGUUUAUGGCAGGCCUGGGCUAUUAUUUAGACUCGGGGGCCAGUUUUAGGAAACACAAAUGUAUCUGGGGGGCAGUAUGUCUGUUUUUAGGAACACUAAUACAACAACUCACAAUGUCAGCGUGAAUGCUAAAAACGUUACGACAGACCGCCUUAAAAAAAACAGAAUGGAAUUUUACGUACUAAAAAAACACAUGUUUUCCAACACUUUUUGCGGUUUAUUAUUAUUUUAAUUUAUCGUGUAUCGGUAUAUUAUUUUGCUCUUCUCCACAAUGAUUUAAUAUCUUCUUUGUUGUUGUUUUGUUGUGUGCUGAAGAGUUGAAAUAAGUUUAAAGUAGUCCGGCAGUGGUGCUAAUACACGAUUAGGUGGUGACAUGUUGCAAGGGGACGCAGCAUGGAGCGCUACUGGCGAGACGCGGGGCCGCCAUCUUGGAGUGGUGAUCCUCUCCACUAAGUGCAAUUCAUUUGUCAGAGCAAUGAAGUGUCUGCACAUUUCAUUCAUCUUACUUCACUCAAUACCGCUCAUUUUCACACACUAUUUGUCAUACGUGCAGCUAUGAUAAAGGACACAUGCUUUAUUAUUCAUAGUUUGCUUGACAGUAAUAGAAUAUUAUUUUAUGCUAUAAGUGACCAGAUCAAAACUGGGAAUAUAAUCCCAGAGAAGGGGGAUAAAACGGUCAGAUAUUUUUAAAUUGAAGAAACAAUAUGAUUAGGUUAUAAAUCAAUCAAUGAUUAUUUAUAUAGUCCUAAAUCACUAGUGUCUCAAAGGGCUGUACAAACCACAACGACAUCCUCGGUAGAGCCCACAUAAGGGCAAGGAAAACUCACACCCAGUGGGACGUCGGUGACAAUGAUGACUAUAAGAAACCUUGGAGAGGACCGCAUAUGUGGGUUUCCCCCUCUAGGGGAACCGAAAGCAAUGGAUGUCGAGCAGGUCUAACACGAUACUGUGAAAGUUCAAUCCAUAGCGGAUCCAACACAACCGUGAGAGUCCAGUCCAAAGUGGAUCCAACACAGCAGAUAGAGUCCCGUCCACAGUGGAGCCAGCAGGAAACCAUCACAAGCGGCGGCGGAUCAGCAGCGCAGGGAUGUCCCAACCAAUACACAGUCUCCAGUAAAAUAGACUGUGUCCGAGCCGGAGAUGUCCUGACAGUGCUCAGAGAGAAAGUGGCCUUUGUGUCAGGCGGACGGGACAAACGAGGAGGGCCAAUCUUGACCUUCCCAGCGAGGACUAACCAUGAGCGAAUAAGACAGGAAGAUCUUAGUCGGCUGGUUACAUACCUGUCAACCAUACCCUGCGAGGAUGUUCGUGCACGAGGGUUUACAGUGGUGGUGGACAUGCGUGGCAGUAAGUGGGACAGUGUGAAGCCGGUGUUACGGACUUUGCAGGAGUCCUUUUCCUCUAACAUCCACACAGCACUGCUCAUCAAACCUGACACAUUCUGGCAAAAACACAAGACCAACCUGGGCAGUGCCAAGCUCAGCUUUGAGACCAGCCUUGUGUCUGUAGAAGGUCUGGCCCGGUUGGUGGACCCCUCUCAGUUGACGUCUGAUUUGGGGGGUUCAUUGGAGUAUGAUCAUGUGGAGUGGACCGAGUUGCGCCUGGGUCUGGAGGAGUUCUCUGGGGCUGCCAUCCAGCUGCUGGCCCAGUUGGACCAGCUGGAGGAUGGGCUGACUAACACACCAGAACCGCAGGAUGUUGACGAGGCCCGCAAAAUCCUUGACGAACACAAUCGUCUCCGGAACACUAUUGCUACAGCGCCAGUUGAUGCCCAUGACCGAGAAGGAAAGAGCUUGCUUCAGCGCAUGCAUCUCAGCCUCUCCCAAGGAGAUGGCUCGAGUGAAAGCGGGUUCGGGAGCACCGGCAGCUGGUUGUCAGGUGGGGCUGAUUUCCAAAAUGUGGCGCCAAAGGUUUUGUCUCUACUCGACCGGCUCCAGGCGGCGCGUAGUCAUCUGUUGCAGAGCUGGAGUGACAGAAAGCUUCACCUUGACCAAGCACUGCAGUUACAUCUGUUUGAGCAGGACGCCACAAAGAUGUCUGAGUGGAUCGCCCACAGUAAGGAGUUGUUCUUGCAGACUCUAGUGGAAGUAGGUCAAAACCACCAGCAUGCUGUCAACUUGCAAACCCAACACCAGCACUUCACCUCCAACGUGAUGAAUGGCAGCGUGAACGUGGACAGUGUUGUUACCGUAGCAGCCAGACUUGCUGAGGCUCAUCACUACGGGGCAGAGAGGAUUUCCAUGGUGUCUUCACGGCUCCAGGAAGACUGGAGGUCACUGACAGCAGCAUUGGAGGAGCGUAGUAACACAUUAUCCAUGGCGACUGGCUUCCACCAAGGGGCUGAACAGUUCCAUGCAAAAGUGGACGCGUGGCUUCAGACCUGUGCGGAGGCAUCGCUGCCCUCAGCAACAGCUGAACUGGAUGAAGCUGUGAAAAAACACCAGGAGCUGAAUGAGGAGAUUUCUGCCAACUACACCCAAGUCAGCGAGAGUGGGAAAGCCUUGCUGGAUGUCCUUAAUCGCUGCACGCUGAGCGACACCGAUGACAAGUCACCUCAACUCAACUUUGCUGCUACAACACAUGGCAUCAUGGGAGUUUUGCACCAGGUGAUGCAGGGCCAACAUGACGUGGAGAGUGCAUGGCAACACCGCAAGCUCCGCCUGCACCAACACCUUCAGCUGUGUGUGUUUCAACAGGACGUCAGACAGGUGUUGGACUGGGUGGAGCAGCAUGGCGAAGUUUUCCUCAACAAGCACGGUGGUGUUGGGAAAUCGCUGCAUCGAGCACGCGCACUUCAGAAACGACAUGACGACUUUCAGCAAGUUGCCCAGAACACUUAUACUAAUGCGGAGAAGCUUCUUGAAGCGGCCGACCAGCUGGCUCAGUCUGGGGAGUGCGAGGAGGAAGAAAUCUAUCAGGCGGCGCGAGACCUGGAGCUUCGCAUGCAGGCCUUCAUUCAGAAGGUGGAACAAAGAAAGACGCUGCUGGACUUGGCCGUGUCUUUCUACACACACACCAAAGAGCUGUCAUCUUGGAUGGAGGGGCUCCAAAAGCAGCUCUCAGCUGACCUCUGCCUUGGUUCUGAAUCAGUGGAGGCGCUGCAGACACUCAUGAACCAGCAACAGCAGCAGCAGACCAACACACAAGAAGCUGCCAUGAGUGUUAUUCGCGAAGGGGAAGACCUCAUCCUGCAAUUAAGGCCUCAUGGCAGCUCAGUGGCCCACGUGGAGUCCGUGCUGCAGCAGCUGGAAGAGUCCCACGUGCAGCUGGAGGAACUCUUCCAUCAACGGAAGAUUCGAUUAGAUGUUUACCUGCAGCUGCGCAUCCUGCAACAGUGCAUUCUAGAGGUUAACGGGGAGAUGGAUGCUUGGAAGCAGGAGCUCCAGAAACAAUCCCAGGACUUCACUGCUGAGAAACGUCUUUCUGAAACAAACCAGGACAAGCAAUCACGGCUAGCUGAAGCUAGCCCAGACGCGCUUACGUUAGCACAGCAGCGCAUUCACAGGCACAUGGAACGGAGGCUGGCUAUGAAUACCAUGACCUACGAGGUGGUCCAGCAAGGUCACGACCUUCAGCAGUACAUUACUGAGGUCCAGGCAACAGGGAUUGAGCUGUCGGAGGUGGAUGGUGCUCUCUCCUCCCAGGUGGAGGAGCUGCAGCACCUCAUGCAGGACAAACAGAAGGAAGUGCAGCAGAUUGCAGAUCACACACACACACAUCUAGAACAAAACCUGCAGCUGAAACACCUGCAGAACCAGGUCAAACAGGUUCUGGGGUGGAUCUCCGAGGGUGAGGUCAUGUUGUCAUCCUGCAUGUUGAACUCCAGCUGUUUGUCCGAAGCUGAACAGUUACAGAGGGAACAUGAACGUCUCCAACAGGCCAUAGAGGCUCUCCUCCACGCUGACUCCUUGCAGCGGACCCACCAGGUGGCGCUGGCGCUGCAGCAGAGGGCAGAGUUGCUUGUCAGAUCAGGCCACAAUGAUUCAGAUGCAGUUAGGUCAUGUGCACAGACGGUGGCGCUGCACUGGCAGAGACUGAUGCUGCGCAUCGAAGACCGACUCAAACUUGUCAAUGCUUCCGCCGCCUUUUACAGGACAUCGCAACAGGUGUGCGGCGUGCUGGAGAGUCUGGAACAGGAGUACCGCAGGGAGGACGACUGGUGUGGGGGCGGUGAUAGACCGCCUGAGCAUCUCCUGCCACUGCUCAACAAACACAUGGAGCAGAAAGAGGCCUUUCUCAAGGCCUGCACGCUUGCAAGACGCAAUGCAGAAGUUUUCCUCAAGUACAUCCACCGCAACAGUGUCACCAUGGCCAACAUCUCGGGUCAUAGUCUCACUGUGCCCGGGGUGACGGAGGCCACCGGGCACUCCCGGGUCCCGGAGCAACAGGUCAAAGGUAUUCUCAGUGAGCUACUUCAGAGGGAAAAUAGAGUUCUUCAUUUUUGGACAUUAAAGAAGCGACGACUUGACCAAUGCCAGCAGUAUGUCAUGUUUCAGAUCCACGCACAGCAGGCUUUGGAUUGGCUGCAGCAGUCCGGGGACCACUAUCUGGCAACACACACAUCGGCGGGGGCGACAGUGGCCGAGACGCAGGAGCUGUUGAAGCAGCACAGAGACUUUUGUGUUUCAGCCAAGCACACGCAAGAAAAAGUGCAUCUGCUGAUUCAACUGGCUGAGAGCAUGCUGGCUAAAGGCCACGCUCACCGCCUGGAGCUUCGCCGCUGUGUUUCCACUGUAGAUAAACGAUACCGGGACUUCACGGUCCGGAUGGGCCAGUAUCGCCAUGUGCUGGAGACGGCAUUAGGAGGGUGCUCACAGGACAAUAAAGACUUGGAGCUUGAGUUGAUUCCCAAUAGUUUGUCUGACUCUGACCCUGAGGUCAAUCUGUCGGACCCAAACCACCAGAUGAGUGACGAGAAGAGACGCUCGGCCCGCAAGAAAGAGUACAUCAUGGCGGAGCUGUUGCAGACUGAGAGAGUCUAUGUCCGAGACCUGCACCAAUGCAUAGAGACAUACCACUGGGAGAUGACGAGUGGCUCAGAGGACGUCCCAUCUGGUCUUUGCAACAAAGAUGACGUGGUGUUCGGGAACAUUCAGGAUAUCUACGAGUUCCAUAACAGUAUUUUCCUGAAGGAGCUGGAGAACUACGAGCAGCUUCCUGAAGAUGUGGGACAUUGUUUCGUCACUUGGGCUGACAAGUUUCACAUGUACGUGACCUACUGCAGGAACAAGCCAGACUCCAGCUUGCUGAUCCAGCUGCACGGCACUGGCUUCUUUGAGGAGGUCCAAAGGAGACAUGGGCUGGCCAACUCCAUCUCGUCAGCGCUCAUCAAGCCAGUUCAGAGAAUCACAAAGUACCAACUGCUGCUGAAGGAGUUGCUGGCUUGCUGCGAAGAAGGAAAAGGAGAGAUCAAGGAAGGCUUGGACGUGAUGCUGAGUGUUCCCAAAAGAGCCAACGAUGCUAUGCACGUUAGCAUGCUCGAAGGUCUGGAAGAAGGUCUGGAGGUGCAAGGUGAGCUUCUCUUGCAAGACUCCUUUCUUGUUUGGGAACCAAAGUCUCUAAUCAGGAAGGGGCGUGACCGACACCUCUUCUUGUUUGAGCUGUCACUCAUCUUCAGUAAGGAGAUGAAAGACUCAUCAGGACGAGCCAAGUACCUUUACAAGAGCCGCCUGAGGACAUCAGAACUUGGUGUAACAGAACACAUUGAAGGGGAUCCUUGUAAAUUUGCUCUUUGGUUCGGAAGGACGCCGACCUCCGAUAACAGGACGGUUCUGAAGGCACUGUCCUUGGAGCUCAAGCAAGAGUGGGUCCGCAGCAUUCGACAGGUCAUUCAGGAGAGGCGAGGUCACCUGCGGGGUGCACUGAGGGAGCCCAUUCCACUUCCCAAGACUCCCAACCUGACUCUCGGGCGACAACGCAGCAUCUCACGCAGAGAAACCAGCGAGGAUGCUGACAGCCUGGGUGAUGCCAGCAGUCAGCCGGACACCAUCUCUAUCGCCUCCAGGACAUCACAAAAUACUGCAGACAGUGACAAGCUGUCUGGAGGUUGCGAGUUAGUGGUGGUGUUGUUGGAUUUCUCCUCCGCCUUGCCCGGAGAGCUCAGCGUCCGCUGCGGUCAGACAGUGGAGCUGCUAGAGCGCCCGGCUGAGAGACAGGGUUGGUGUCUUGUCAGGACCACGGACCAAACGCCCCAACAGGAGGGUCUGCUGCCCAUGAGCGCCCUCUGCCUCUCCCACUCCCACAGUGCUGCCGACAUGGACACUCUGGUCCCGCCUUCCCCCGCCUCCUCGGGGGGAACCCCCUCCUGCACCUCCUUCAAUGCUUCCAAUUCAUCUGUGAUGGCAACUGCAGCAGAGUCCGGCCAAAUGACCCCAGAGACUUCCGGGCCGCACGCUCCCCCGACUCAGUGUGGGACGUCCCCCGUAGUCUACAAUUUGGGCGGAGCCCCGGGAGGUGCUGCCAGUUCACCAGGGCCAAAACGUGGUGGUUCAGGAACUGGAAACACACUGAAGCGCUGGUUAACUAGUCCCGUUAGGAGGCUGAGUCAAGGAAAAGUGGAUGGACAGAAAAAAGCUCCAAUCAGAAACAGAAGGCGGGACAACAGGCCAGAAGUGACCACACCCCUUGUGGGCAACUCAAUGAUGAAGGUGAAGAAGGAAGACGAAGGGCAAAGUGGCGGAGAGGAGGAGCCAGAGGAAGAAGGACACACCCCCUUACCCCCUCCCAUGCAGAUUAUCAAGGAUCCCAACAACCCAGAGGCGCUGGAUUCAGACCAGAGCUCGAAUGAGUCGGACAGCGAGCAGCGCACCAAAGCCCUGAGAGGACGCAUGUUUGUGGUGAAUGAAAUGGUCCAGUCGGAGAAGGACUACGUGAAGGACUUGGGCAUCAUUGUGGAGGGCUUUAUGUCCCGGCUGGAUGUCAGAGGGAUUCCAGAGGACAUGAGAGGAAAAGACAAGAUUGUUUUUGGCAACAUUCAACAGAUCUACGACUGGCACCGCGAUUUCUUCCUGCUCGAGUUGGAGAAUUGCAUCCAGAACCAUGACCUUCUGGCUGACCUCUUCAUCAAACAUGAGCGUCGCCUGCACAUGUAUGUGGUUUACUGUCAGAACAAGCCCCGGUCAGAGUACAUUGUCAUGGAGUACGAGACCUUCUUUGAGGAGAUCCAGCAUGAGAUCAGCUGCAGGAUGUCCAUCAGUGAUUACCUGAUCAAACCCAUCCAGAGGAUAACCAAGUAUCAGCUGCUACUGAAGGAUUUCCUCAAGUACACGACCAAAGCUGGCCUAGACUCUGAAGACAUUGAGAAAGCAGUGGAGCUGAUGUCACUGGUGCCAAAGCGCUGCAAUGACAUGAUGAGCCUGAGUCGCUUGCAGGGAUUCGAGGGCAAGUUGAGCUCCCAGGGCAAGCUGCUGCUCCAGGAGACUUUCUGCGUUUGUGAGCAGGACGGAGGAGUUCUGUCUCGGAGCAAAGAGCGCCAUGUUUUCCUCUUUGAGCAGCUGCUCAUUUUCAGCGAGCUCCUCCGUAAAGGAUCCAACAAUCCUCAGUACCAGUUCAAAAACAGCAUCAAGGUGAGUUACCUGGCCAUGCAGGAGAGUGCAGAAGGAGACCUGUGCAAGUUUGUGCUGUGGUCUCGGGACUCAGCAGCACGCUUCACCCUGCAGGCCUCCUCCGCCGACACCAAGACCACCUGGGUGGACAACAUCAGCAACCUGCUGCAGGCGCACAACAACUUUCUCUCUGCUCUCCAAUCUCCAAUCGAGUACCAAAAGAAGGAAGGCGGGAUAUCAGUGACCCGCCCACUGUCAUCGGUACCAUCCCCUUUAGCCCCGCCCACACCAAAUGGACACGCCUCUCAGCCUCCGCCAGAAAGCGAUCACGACAACCAGGAGCUGGUGCUGGUGCUUCAGGACUUUGUGGCCGUGCAUGAAGACGAGAUCUCCGUCUUCCAAGGCGAGAAGGUUCAGAUUCUGGCCUCCAACCAGCAGGGUCAGAGUCUUGUGUACCGCCCGGCCAACAGCGACUCACCGGCCGCUGAAGGCUGGGUGGCACGAAGCGCACUCAACACACACUGACGCACGCACGCACACACACACACACACACACACACACACACACGCACACACACUGUAGCAGCUCAUGUAGACCCGCCCUCCCGUUAGUGUCAAACUCCACACAUUCUCCAAUCAGGACGUCGUCUUUCAGCCGCCAACACCAGGCUGAGAUCCCAGGAAGUCAACUUUUCCUUUCUCUGGAUGAGUGGCAGUGACCGAGGUCUCCAUGUGACUCCUAUCCUGUCGUGUGAAUAGUAUGUAAAAAAAAAAGACUGGAAUUCUACAUAGAUGAGAAAAUACUGAGGACUAAUAGAAUAGUUUUUUCAGCACAAAAGAGAAAUGCUGGUGUGGGUGUGUCUUAGUGGCGCCACCUGUGUGUUGUGUCACUAGCAGUUAGGUGAUGCCCCCUGUAGCAUUACUUGACCACCACAUUGUUUUUGGAAGCAGAGUUGUUUCCACCUGCUAACCAGUGAUGGCGCCACCUGGGUGAGCUCAUGUCUGCAGCUCUGCUCACUUUGGACAUUCUGAGGAUGCAUUUCUUGUUUCUGCCCACCAAUGAGACGGCUGAACUCUUCUGAUUGAUUUGUCUUUCUUCAAUCUCCUGUCUUAAUUGUUGCCUGUUCAGCCUCACUAUUCCCCGUCUCCAAAACAUUUUCUGUCCCCCUUCUUCUGCCUCCUUGUCCAACUUUGUUUCCUGUCAACCUCUCUACCUGUCUGCCUCCGAUUCUCCUGGUGCCAUUCUCAGACAACACCCUGGUCCUUAAGGAACUAUGCAGCCUGGCUUUAAGGUCCAUUGCAGCGCUCCACUUUUCACCAGUUUACAUUGAAGAGGAGUCGCCAUGUUGGCUUUGGCCUCAUGUGUUCAGGACUCGUCUGGCAGAGGGCAACAUUAGCCCGCUACAGAAGGUUUGGGGUGGAAUGUAACGCACUGUAUUCAAAAUGUUUGUGACACGCUACCUUUUCCAGGGUGAUGUAGUGCAUGUGAAAGGGUGGAAGUGCACUACAUUUGCCUGAGACUAGAUAGCACUAGAGGGUGAUGUAGUGCAUGUGAAAGGGUGGAAGUGCACUACAUUUGCCUGAGACUAGAUAGCACUAGAGGGUGAUGUAGUGCAUGUGAAAGGGUGGAAGUGCACUACAUUUGCCUGAGACUAGAUAGCACUAGAAGGUGAUGUAGUGCAUGUGAAAGGGUGGAAGUGCACUACAUUUGCCUGAGACUAGAUAGCACUAGAGGGUGAUGUAGUGCAUGUGAAAGGGUGGAAGUGCACUACAUUUGUCUCCGACUAGAUAGCACUAGAGGGUGAUGUAGUGCAUGUGAAAGGGUGGAAGUGCACUACAUUUGCCUGAGACUAGAUAGCACUAGAAGGUGAUGUAGUGCAUGUGAAAGGGUGGAAGUGCACUACAUUUGCCUGAGACUAGAUAGCACUAGAAGGUGAUGUAGUGCAUGUGAAAGGGUGGAAGUGCACUACAUUUGCCUGAGACUAGAUAGCACUAGAAGGUGAUGUAGUGCAUGUGAAAGGGUGGAAGUGCACUACAUUUGCCUGAGACUAGAUAGCACUAGAGGGUGAUGUAGUGCAUGUGAAAGGGUGGAAGUGCACUACAUUUGUCUCCGACUAGAUAGCACUAGAGGGUGAUGUAGUGCAUGUGAAAGGGUGGAAGUGCACUACAUUUGCCUGAGACUAGAUAGCACUAGAAGGUGAUGAAAAGCACACUAGCAAGCUGCGAUGUUGGAGUCAAGCAAGCAACCAGUGUUAUUUCUAUAAGCUGCUAAAAUGACUCAACAACUCUGUCAAAUGUUUGUAAUAAACUUCAUUUUUCAUCCGA